AAUGUUCAUACCUAGAGAAUUUUGAAUGGUUCAGACGGUUUCAUAUUGCUGGAACGGUUAUCAACAGCAUAAAUAUACAUGUAGAUGUGCUGCAUAAUAUGCAGUAUAUAUAAAUAUAUAUUUGUUUAUACAUAUAUACAUAAAUAUAUAUGCACAAUAUAUUAAGUAUACACUACUUUAUACGUUUUGAACAGGAAACAACCAGGUAAGUUAUCUACUACGCUUUUCAUUUAUUUUCGUUUUUACCAUACCUCAGACGUUUGAAAGAGAGAGAGAGAGAGAGAGAGAGAGAGAGAGAGAGAAAGAGAGAAUAAAAGACAGGAAGGAAAAAUUGAUAAACGUUAAAAAAGUAGUUUUUUUUAUUUUUGCAGUAAAAAAAAAAAAGGCGUGGCAUCUCAAAUGUCGGUUUGAAAAUAGAUUAAUAAGUUGUUGUAUUAAGUAUUAUUUGUUUCCAAUUAUAAUAAAAUUAUUUCUUCAAGUUUUUCUUUAAAUGAACUAUUAUUGAUGGGAUUUUUUAAGUAGUGGGAAAGCGAAAACGGAGGAUAAGAGACAGAUAAACAGAUAGAUAGAUAGCAACGAAGAGAAAGAGACAACAGAGGCAGAUAAUGAACUACAGUAAAAUAAUUAUAAUAUUCAAUAAACCUUACUACCUCCAGAGCUAAUGGUAUACAUCAAUAUUACAUUAUUUUCAUUUAAACAUCUACCAAGUACAGUAUAUAAAGGGGUAACGCCCUUUUUGCAGAUUCAUUCGCUGUAUAAUUCUAGUCACUAACAGACGAAAUUUUUUUAGCUAGAAAGAGAUGGGCGAAAGGGAAGAAAUCGACGAAUUGUCAGCCGAAAUGUCCAAAAUGAGAUACGAUGAGAAGAAGGAAGUAGAAGCUAGAGCGUGGAUGUUUGCUGUAACUGGAGAAAAAUUAGUCGAGGAUGUCGAGGACGAUGAGGUAAUUGGACUGGACCGGUUUGGAGACGCCUUAAAGGAUGGUGUUUACUUGUGCAAGCUUAUUAAUUCUUUAACGGAGGAAGACAAGAUAAAAAUAAAAACAGGACCAGCGGCAAGUUCGCCAUUUCAACAAAUGGAAAGAAUAGAACUGUUUAUUAAAAGAGCUCAACAAUACGGAGUUCGAAAGGAUGAUCUCUUCUCAACGCCUGACUUGUAUGAUAAGCAAAACCUAUCAAGCGUCUUAAAUGCAAUUGAAGGUUUAGCCAGGCGAGCCAGAAACCAAGGAUACGAAGGACCAACAUUCGGCCCGAAAGAAGCAACGGCCAAAGAAAGAAAUUUCACUCCGGAACAACUGGAAGCCGGAAAGAAUAUUUUAGGCCUGCAAAUGGGCUCUAAUAAAGGCGCGAGUCAAGCUGGUAUGUUGGCUGGUAGUCGUAGGGAUAUUUACAUGAAAACCGGAGAUAAGCCGGAAGGACAUCACGUAAUUGGUCUUCAAAUGGGUGCCUUGGAGACACCGCCACCAAAGGCAUCUUCCUACGGAAAUCGUCGUGAUAUUACAUCACAUGGAGUAGAAAAGGCCUAGAAAUUUAAAAAAAAAAAAAAAGUGCGAAAGAUUCUUUAGUUUUUUUCCUUUAUAAUAUUCACAUCAACCUGAAUAUUUUCAACAGUUUUUCUUUAACUAUUUAUUUAUUUCUUUUUUAUUUUAAAUAUUUUUUUUCCUCUUAUUUAUAUACUUUUUAUUUUUAAACUACGGAACGAAAAAGAACAAAAAACGUAAGAAAAAAAGAACAAAAUGGCGGGGUGAAUUUUUUCCCGCCAGGAAAAAGAAUAAGUAAAAAUAAUAGGGAAUUAUCUCUAGAUACUUUUUUUUUAUAUAAACAUAAUAUGUAAACUUUUAAAAGAACAAGUAAUAAUAAAAAGUUCCGUAAAUUAAUUAAGGCAUGCAUCGAUUUAUCAAAAGAGUGAUAGAAUACGAGAAAACUGCAACGAAUAAACGUCAUAUCAGCUUUGUAUUGAUUUGAGAUAAAAAAAAAGGUAUGAGAAGAUAUUAAGAUAGAAGGCUUAUGUGCGAAGAAAAGAGAAAGAAAACGCCCAUAGUACAUGCGAUAAGAUAAUUAUUAGAUGGCGCAGUAAGUCUAGGUGUGUUUCUAUAGUGACGGUUUCAGUGGCGAGAAGUCAGAAACGAUGUUGUCGUGCGACACGUGCGAGAUAGUCUUUCUAAUCUUCUUCAUUAUUUCUUCAACAAUAGGCAAUUGCCUAGUUUGUUUAGUAAUCUUCAAAUCUAGAAGACUUCAAUCUACAACUAACUAUUUCAUAUUAUGCAUUGCAUUUUCCGACUUGAUAUUAUCUGUUAUCGCUAUGCCGCUAAUUCUUGCUCAAAUUCUCAAAGAAACUUGGAAUGUUACUGAAGCCAUUAAUUAUCUUCAAUGGUUUUCUAUAAUCUCUAUUAAUUACGUAUUAAUAUGUAUCUGCUUUGAUAGAUAUUAUACCAUUAUAUACCCGUUAACUUUUAAAGUUACGAGAGUAAUUGCUUUGAAGAUGAUAGGAUCUGUAUGGUCCGUUUCUGUAUUAUUAUCACUAGCUAUUACCUUCUGGGACAGUCGAUCCAGUAUUAUUCUUAUUCACGUAAUAAGUACGCUUCUGAUACCAAUAAGCGUUACUUCUUUGGGCUACUGCAAAUUGUUCAAAUACGUCUGGACAAUAUCUUUAUCAUUUGCUAGGCCAAUAAGGAGAACUACGAAAUUCAUUGCUAGAAUAAAAGUAAAAAUAUUAAAGGUAAUAUGGAAGUUGUUAUACGUGUUUUCUUUUUUUUUUUAACUGGAAAAAAGACAGAGUAUACAGUAGUGUAACAAAAACAAUACAAUUCUGUAUGUUACAUAAAGGAAAGUAUACAGGAACAGAAUGAAAAAUAUACACUGUAUGUACUUUACAUAAUGUACAAUAUACAGUAUAUUAUGUAGUAUAUUCUACACCUUUCCUCAGUAAGCCUACUACUAUAGACUUCUGAAUAGACAAUUAGACAUAGUUGAACAAAUGAAAAAAGCAGGA